CCCGGGGCGCCCGGCGGGGUUCGGGCCCAGGGGCGGGGGCUGUCCGGCUGGGGCGUUGGUAGAGACGCGCGAGGUGCAGGCGCCGGAUGGUGCAGGCGCAGGGAGCGGCGCGUCAACGCGGGGCUUGUGCCGUUUGCACAGUCGGCGGCGUUUCCUUUCCUCCCACCCCCGGUGCCAGGGAACGGGGCGGGGCGGGGUUACUCCCGAGCCGGUGCUCCGCGAGGCUCCGGGGGUGUCGUGCCGAGGUUGGGGAAGGCGGGGGAGAUCUUCUGAUCUGGGAAGGCCGCUCUCCUGGGCGCCCAGGAGCGCCUCCAGAAAUGAGCCUCGGGCCUCUUGGGAAGGCCUUGCUCAGUGACCAGCCUGCCUGGAGAGAAAACCACAGUCUACUAGCUGCAGGCAUGGCAUUCCCGGGAAACUGGGGUGGAGGGGACACAAAAGCCCCUGUCAGCCCUGGACCCGUGGAUCUGGGGGACUGUGCUGCAGGUACCUAGGCCAAGCCCUAGGUCGAGUCACCCUUCAAAGUUGCUAGGAAGGUGCUCGGUGCAAGCAGCUCUGUGCCCAGCCCGCGUGCUGACCCGGGAGGAGGUGGCUCUGAAUGGUUGGAGCCAGCCGAGAGCGCAGACUUGGCGUGAGGGCGGCACUGCAAGAGCAGCUCCCAGCCCCCGGGCAGCACCAGGUGGGACCCCAAAAUCAGAAAUAAAUGCUGGCUCACAGGCUUAACCUGACACACCCCAGACUUCUUGCCCAGAAGCACCAAGGACUGCUGCGUUGGCUUCCCCCAGGUGCCUUCCACUCAGAGCCUGUUUCUCUGGCCCUGGGGGAUCCAGGCUGAGGAGCUGGGGCGGUUCUGUGGCCGGAUCACGAAGCAGCUGCAGAAUGAGGACUGGGGCCCAGACACCCUUGACAGCCUGCGGAGGCUCUUCCUCAUCGUCUCGGCCACCAAGUACUCCAGGAAGCUGCAGGAGCCUGUCCCGGACCUGCUGCAGGCCGCCCUCUGCUCACCCGCCUGCCCCGAGCACCUGCAGCUGCUCUGCGCCGCCAUCCUGCGGGAGAUGGCGCCCACGGACAGCUUGGGCCAGCGCCUAUGUGGCGACCAUGUGCGCAGUGGCCGGCGGCUGAGCCUCGCGGCCUCCGUGCUCCUUGCCCAGGGAGACAGGAGGGACGAGGUCCGCACUGUGAGCCAGCGCGCCUGCGAGUGUCUGGGGAGUCGGCACCCCGAAGGACCCGGGCCCGGCCACCUGCUCCCGCUCCUGGCCAAGGUCACCAGCCUGGCCCCAGGCAGCCUUCAUGAAGACCAGACUAACCUGCUCCACAAGCGUCUUGGGGACUGGCUCCGCUACGCCAGCGUGCAGCAGGCCGCACCCCCCUCCUCAGGGGGCUUCUUCACGCCCAGGACCCGCCAGCCGGGCUCUCUGGCCGAGGUGGACGGGGCGCUGGCCACAGACUUCUUCACGGUGCUGUGCUCGGGCCGGAGCUUCCCUGAGGACCAGCGGCUGAGCGUGCAGGCCUUCUCCCUGCUGCGCUCCUGGCUGCGGCACAGCGGCUGCGGGGGCCCCGACGCCCCGGACACAGAUGACAGGUCGGAUCUGGAAGGUUCCACGCUGUCAGUGCUCUCAGCUGCCCCCACUGCCAGUGGUCUACUGCCCCCUCGGGAGCGGCUCCGGGAAAAGGCCUUUGAGUACUGCCAGCGCCUCGUGGAGCAGAGCGGCCGGCGGGCCCUGCGCAAGGCCGACUCGGAGCUGCAGAAAGCGUGCCUGGUGGAGGCCGUGCUGCUGCUGGACCAGCUGUGCCGGGCGGACCCCUCCUUCCUGUACCGCAGCCUGGCCUGCCUCAGGGCCCUGCAGGGCCGGCUGUGCGGGGACCCGGCGUGCGUGCGAGCGCUUCUGCCAGUGGCCCAGUUCUACCUCAACCACGGGGAGGCGGCGGCCGUGGGCGCGGAGGCCGUGUGGCAGGCGCUGCUGAGCCGGGUCCCAGCCGAGCACUUCCACAGCCCCGCGCUGGCCUUCGAGCUCGUCCGCUUCUGCAGAGACAGCGCCCAGCUGCGCGGGGGCUGCCUGGAGCGCGUGCGCCGCCACUUCCCCAACCUCCUCAAGUUCCUGGCCUGGAACAGCCCACCCCUCGUGGCCGAGUUUGUGGAACUGCUCCCGUGGCUGGUGGACGUGGAUAAUGCCCUGGAGAUGUUCCACACGCUGCUGGACCUGCCAUGUCUCACCGCAGCCCUGGACCUGCAGCUCCGGACACUGCCCCCCACAUCUGAGCGGCCGCUCUGGGACGCCUCCCUCAGGGUCCCCCUCUGCCUGGACGCCUUCCGGGACCCACAGUUCCAGCACCUCUUCCAGUACCUGCUGCGGCCCAUGGCUGGUGGCACCCCUGAGAGGUCUGCCCCCCUGUACCCGCUGCUACAGCCCAUGGCCGCCGCCGCCCGCGUGAUGCAGUGCGCAGAGGCCGCGCCCACGCUGCUCGGGGCCUUCUUCUCUGCUGUGAACAAGGUCGUUGAUGAGACCCUGAGCCGCCGCCUGGCACUGGCCCUGCUGGAGAGAAGUGGCUCGCUCUUCCCGGCCGCCCAGUAUGAGGCGCGCGUGCACAGGGUGCUGGGCCCUCAGCUGCUGGCGCUGUUCCAGCUGCGGCCCGAGCUGGUGCUCGAGCUGGCCAAGGAGCUGCUGGAAUUCGUGGGCAGCGGCGUGGGCAGCCGCGGGGGCCUGCUCACCUGCGUGGUGUGGGCGGUCGGCGAGUACGUGUCGGUGCCGUGGAACCGCCACUGCACUGUGGAGCACGUGAACCAGUUCUUCGAGACACUCGAGGCACUGCUGUUUGAGCUCACCCAGUCCCGGCCCUCAGCCACGACGCCCCUGUGCCCGCCACAGGUCGUCACUGCACUCAUGACGGCGCUCACCAAGCUGGCCUCAAGGAGCCAAGACCUCAUUCCCAGGGCCUCCCUCCUGCUGUCCAAGACGAGGGCACUGGCCCCCGGUGUGGGCACUGGUGAGCAGGCCCUGGCGGCCAUCGGCACUCGGGCCACGGAGCUGCUGAACCUGCUCAAGAUGCCCAGUGUGGCCCAGUUCGUGCUCACCCCCAGCAUGGACAUGGCCGCGGCCCGCUACCACCGCGACACCAACACGGCGCUGCCACUGGCCCUGGGAGCUGUCCGCCGGCUGCUGGACAGGGAGGGGGGCAUGGUGCCGGCAGGCAGUGAUGGGGACCGGGGGGAGGGCCCACAGGGGUGAGUGGGGGCACGGGCUGGGAGGCUGCGUGUGCUCAGGGACCAUGCAGAGGCCGAGUGGCACGUGCAGAGCAAGUGCCCUCCCUCUGGCCUCUCUCCAGACUCCGAAAUAAAAGUUUGAAAACAGAUGAGCCAGGCUGGGUGGGCCCAUCCUCAAUCCCAGCAGUGCCUAAGGACACCCUUGUGGCUGCAUCCAUGGCCAGGAUAGGCCAGGGCCCCAGGGGGCAUCAGAAGCUGCUCUCUGCACGAGGCAUGGGCGCUCUCCGAGGGCUAGAUUUGGGCUCAGUAGCCGGGAGACCUCGGCAGGCCACAUGGCCAACACCCCCUGCCAGGCCCCACCAGGCCCACAAUUCCGUCCAUGUUUGGACUUGGCAGAGGCCUGGCUGCACCUGGAGCGGCAGGCCACCAGGUGGCGCUGCUCCCCCACGCCCCUGCCUGCCCCAUGCUGGGGACCGCGCCCCAGACCCUGGGGUUCUGUCCAGCGCCUUCUGCUGGGCCACUGUUUCCCUUGGGGGAUCCGAUCUCUGGAAUUCUGCAGUGUGGCCUC